AUGGCUACAGAGUACCACAAGUCGACAACAGACGUCCCGAGGCCAACGAAACCAAUCAUGGUGGAGCUAGAUAGCAAUGGUCCAUCUCCACCACCAAUCAAUAAGGAAAAAGGAAAUAAAAGUGAUACCACCAGGACAACCUUACACAGUAGUCGGGGUGGCUCUGCGACAACAUUCCUUCGCAAAGCGCAAAGUAGCUGCUCUCAAUAUUGGAAUGCACCCACAUCGACACAGCUUAUCGGGUUCCUCACUCUCCUCAUAUCCGGCACAUUUUUGCUCUUCUUUACAGGGAUCACAAUCACUAUAGGAAUUCUCACUCUCCUCUUCUUUGCCCCGUUGGUAAUCAUCUCAAGCCCUAUAUGGAUCCCCAUUGGCACGCUUCUCUUUAUUCUCGUCUCUGGAUCUUUGAUGCUAAGCAGUUGCCUUGUGGCCUUCGUUGCUGGGUCAUCAUGGAUGUAUAGCUAUUUCAGAGGGAUGCAUCCACCUGGCUCGGACCAAGUGGAUCAUGCCAGGAGCCGGAUUGUUGACACUGCUACCCAUGUCAAGGACUGUGCCAAAGAAUAUGGUGGGUACAUGCAGAACAAGACCAAUAAGGAUGUUGCUCCGGGAGCCUAG